AUGGGCUGGCCGGUGUGCAAUACUACCUUAGAAGACGAGACCAUCCAUGAGAUCGACUUAUGGGAUGGCGGUCUUACAUUUCACGAGCUCUGCGUCAUCCUUGUCGGUGUUUUCGCGCUCAUUGCUGGUUUUGUCGCCUUUUACCUGAUCAUGCGACAUGCGACUCAUUAUAGCAAACCCACUGAACAACGGCAUACCAUUCGCAUUCUUUUGAUGAUACCUAUUUACUCCCUCGUCUCCUGGCUCAGCACAUUCUACUACAAACAUGCCGUUUACUACAGCGUUCUGGGCGACUGCUACGAAGCGUUCACGAUCUCCGCCUUCUUUGCGCUGAUGUGUGGCUAUAUUGCUCCCGAUUUGCACAGCCAGAAGGAUUACUUUCGUGCAAUACAACCGAAAAACUGGCUCUGGCCUAUAACCUGGCUGCAGAAGAUCUCCGGCGGGAAGAAAGGUGUUUGGAGGGUGCCGCGCAGCGGCCUGACGUGGUUCAAUGUUAUCUGGGCUGGGGUGUUUCAGUAUUGCUUUUUGCGAGUAUUGAUGACCAUUGUCGCCGUAGCUACGCAAAAGGCCGACCUAUAUUGCGAGUCGUCUCUCAACCCGGCAUUCGCCCAUAUCUGGAUCAAGGAUGAAAUUAGCGAGCACUCUCCGUUCUUGAAGAUCCUGUCAAUAAAGCUCGUUAUUUUCUUGUCAUUCUGGCAAACGAUUGUAAUAUCCUUCCUGUUUUCUUCCGGGGCUAUCGAGGCCUCGAAAAAGAUUGCCGCGCCCGACCUUAAGGUCGUUCUUGCGCAUCUCAUCAUUAGUAUUGAAAUGGCGUUCUUUGCCAUAUUACAUCUCUGGUCAUUCCCAUGGAAACCAUAUGCUGCCGGGUUCCAAACUGAUGAAAUCACCGACAUGUAUGGAAAUGGUAAAAGCACUUAUCACGGCGGACGCUGGGGACUUCGUGCCCUUCUUGAUGCCCUCAACCCAGUCGAUCUCGUCAGGGCCGUUGGGCGCAGCAUGCGUUGGCUAUUCGUUGGUCGAAAGAACCGAACACUUGACCCGAGUUACCAGCCUACGAACGAAGCCAUCCGUCUCAACCCAGCAGAUGCUGAGGCGCACCCAGCCGAUACAAGCUAUGGAGGUGCUGGUGCUGUUAUGACUGGCGGCGCUUCAAGCCGUUACGGGAAGCAGCAGGAUGAAGAAGGUGAAGUCCUGCUUUCCCAUGCCCAGCCGAACCCGUCAACCACAGAUAUGGGAACAGUCCCUCCACCAUACGACGAAGACCAGGAUCAGUAUCACUUUGUCAACAGCAGGUCCGAAGACCACCUUGCAGAUUCAAAUCUUCAUCCACGUUCCGGGUCAAUGUCACCAUUUGAGGAGGUGCAUUACACUUCUGGGCCAUCUAGGGCCCCUUCAGAUUCGGAUAGUGGACCUUACCACAGUACCGCCGGGUAUCCAAAUACUACUAGCCACUUUCCGACAUCUUCAACCGAACUCCAGGAGCAGCCACCCAUUCCACUACCAGAUUCCUAUCAACCCCCACAUACUCGAUAUGAUUACGAUUCCCAAGGACGGCGAUACUAGAAGCUGGAAAACAUUUGGUUUUCUUGUCUAAUGAUUGCAUUUCCGUUUGAGAUUCCCCUG